GAACAUCUUCCGCUUGGAAAGGCGGUCCUUCUUCGAAUUGUGUGAUAUUUUGAAAGGUAUCGGAAAAGAAGAUACCAAUUGCCGCAAGGCUAUUACCCUUGAAAAGCGAAUCGCUAUUGCGCUAUAUGCACUUGGUUCCUCUGCAGAGUACCGAACAGUUGCAAGUUUGUUCGGUGUGUCCAAUUCUAGCAUAUGCAGAAUUGUUAGAGAAUUUUGUGCUGCGGUUUGGAAUGCUUUGAAACCUAAUUAUCUGAAUUAUUUUCCAUUAACUGAGACGGUGGCUCAGACUAUUGUAAAUGAUUUUAACAAUAUGGGAUUUCCACAAUGCAUUGGAGCGUUAGAUGGAUGUCAUAUUGAAGUCAAACCAAAAAAAGAGGACGCUGUGGACUACUACAACUAUAAAGGAUGGUAUUCUGUGGUGCUGUUGGCUUUAGUUGACUCAAGGUAUAGGUUUCUAUAUAUAAAUGUUGGCAGUCCAGGAAGAUGCAACGACUCUGGAAUUUAUGAAAGUUCCUCACUAAAAGCAGAACUAUUGCGUUGCAAGUUGCUUUAUGAUCAACGGAAAUCUUUUAACAAUGUGGAAAUCCCAUUAGUAAUUAUAACAGACUCAGCUUUUCGUUUGUCGCGCAACGUUCUUAAGCCGUUUCCAUUUAAUGUGGAAAGUACAGCUGCACAACGCGAAUUCAACUACNUUUUAUUUAUUUUGCGGUAA